GGUGACUUCUGCGAAGUGGAUGGAGUACUGAUGUUUGUUGAAGAGAUGAAUAUAUUGACCACUGUGUUUCGGAAGCUCGACAACCUGAAGAUCAGACACCCCAACAGCGUCUUAGCCACCAAGGCUAUAAGCAAUUACAACCGUAGCACGGAGAUGGUGGAGAUCAUUAAUUUUUGCCUGCACAUCUCCACUCCCAUGGGAAAGAUCAACAAGCUGAAAAGGAGGAUUGAACGGGAUGUGGAAAGCCGGAGCGACCACUGGCACCCAAAUCCAAUGGUCCUAAUAAGGGACCUAGAGGACAUGAACAAGAUAACCAUGACACUGUGGCUCGUGCACAGGAUCAAGCACCACGAUAACAAAGGGAGGUUGAUGAGGAGGGCCGCCCUGAUCGAAAACUUGAUCGAGAUAUUCAGACAGGAGGAGAUCGAAUAUCGGAUGCCUCUCGACGUGAACGUCCGCAACCUGCCAAGCCCCACCUCGGACCGGCUUCCUUCCAAUUGGACAGCCUGUGCCACCGAACACAGAAAGCUAACCAACCGGGAUGAUCAAGAGAAACCAAUUUAUGGAGUAAGGCAUAAUUCCUACUGUGUUCGAAAACAAUUAAGAUGA